UUGUGUGGUAAAGAGGCUCAAAGAGAGCUUGCUAGAGGAGAUAAGAUUAUAGUGCUUGCAUAUUGUUAGGCAGCUAGCUAUCUGCAGCAGGUACUAGGCAGCAGGCAAGCAAUGGCAUCCGCAUCGGCAUCUCUCCUCAAGUCAUCUCUUGUCCUUGACAAGUCCGAGUGGGUGAAGGGCCAGACCCUCCGCCAACCCUCGGUCUCGGUCGUUCGGUGCCACCCUACCGCCCCUUCCGCCCUCACUAUCCGGGCCGGUUCCUAUGCUGAUGAGCUUGUCAAGACCGCGAAAAUUGUAGCAUCACCAGGGCGUGGGAUUUUGGCCAUGGACGAGUCUAACGCUACAUGUGGGAAGCGUCUGGCUUCUAUUGGGCUAGAGAACACUGAAGCUAACCGCCAAGCAUACCGUACCCUCCUUGUGACAGCUCCUGGCCUGGGCCAAUUCGUCUCCGGUGCAAUCCUCUUUGAGGAAACCCUCUACCAAUCCACCGUUGAUGGUAAGAAGAUAGUGGACAUUCUCGUUGAGCAAAAGAUUGUACCCGGUAUCAAAGUCGACAAGGGUUUGGUGCCCCUGGCCGGUUCCAACAAUGAGUCAUGGUGCCAAGGUCUUGAUGGCCUUGCUUCUCGCUCAGCUGCUUACUACCAGCAGGGAGCUCGUUUCGCCAAAUGGCGUACCGUUGUGAGCAUUCCCAAUGGCCCAUCUGCCCUCGCAGUGAAGGAAGCAGCCUGGGGUCUUGCCCGUUACGCUUCCAUUUCUCAAGACAAUGGGUUGGUCCCAAUUGUGGAGCCAGAAAUCUUGCUUGAUGGUGAGCACGGCAUUGACAGGACUUUUGAAGUAGCCCUGAAGGUGUGGUCUGAGGUUUUCUUCUACCUUGCCGAGAACAAUGUCCUGUUUGAGGGUAUCCUCCUCAAGCCUAGCAUGGUUACUCCUGGAGCUGAAUGCAAGGAAAGGGCCACCCCUCAGCAGGUUGCUGACUACACACUCAAGCUCCUCCACAGAAGAAUCCCCCCCGCUGUCCCUGGAAUCAUGUUUUUGUCUGGUGGCCAAUCUGAGGUUGAAGCAACCUUAAAUUUGAAUGCCAUGAACCAAUCUCCGAACCCGUGGCACGUGUCUUUCUCCUACGCCAGAGCCCUCCAGAACACCACCCUUAAGACAUGGGGAGGCAGGCCCGAGAACGUCAAGGCUGCUCAGGACGCACUGCUUAUCCGCGCUAAGGCCAACUCUCUUGCCCAGCUUGGAAAGUACACUGGUGAGGGAGAGUCAGAAGAGGCCAAGAAAGGCAUGUUUGUCAAGGGAUACGUUUACUAAGCUGCUUGUGCCAAAGCUAAUAGAAGAUGGUUAAGAAGUUGACGAAGAAGAAGACAAUGGUGAUGGGGGAAUGAAUACUAAUUUCCCUGGAUUGUGUUAUGCUCUAUAGCGUGCAGACUUUUUGUUCCAUUACAUGUACUCUUUAGCCACUUAAUAAACUUCUUGAUGAUGAGAUUA